AUGUACCAUCUGGCGAGGUCAUUGUAUGCCAAUUUCACGAGAAAGGAAGAGUAUGCCGUUCUGAUUCUAGGUCUGGAUAAUGCCGGAAAAACGACCCUUUUGGAGCGGUUAAAAACUGAAUACUCGAACACAAAGGGUUUAGCUCCUGACAAAAUUGCCCCUACUGUGGGUCAGAACGUGGCCCAUAUUACGAAGAACGGAGUUAUGUUAAAGAUAUGGGACUUGGGCGGUCAGGAGGCCCUGCGUACACUAUGGGAGAGCUACUAUACUGAAGCGCAUGCAGUGGUAUUUGUCGUCGACUCUACAGACAGGACACGAAUUGAGCAGUGUCGGGACGCUCUUGAUAAGAUAGUGUCAUCAGAGUCAAUAGAAGGCACGCCCAUUCUCAUGCUUGCGAACAAACAGGACCAAGAAGAUAGGCUCGAAGUUGAGGACAUUAAAGAGAUCUUCAACAAAAUAGCAGAGAAAAUGAGCGCCAGAGACAGUCGUGUGCUUCCCAUCAGUGCCCUUGAUGGAACUGGUGUCGAAGACGCUACCGAAUGGCUUGUAUCGCGGCUCGUUCGUAACAAACAGCAGCGUCCCCCUAAGCUCAGGUAA